AUGGAGGUGGUGGCCACGGACACCAACAUGCGAUCCGUGCUGCAGUAUGCAGUGGACUACCUGCAGGUGCGGCAUAUCAUCGUAUGCGGACACUACGACUGCGGUGGCAUCAAGGCCGCCUGCUCCGUCAAGGACCACGCCUUGCCCUUGGAGAGUUGGCUCUCUGGGAUUCGAGACGUGUACCGCCUGCACCAGGAGGAGCUGGAUGCCAUUGACUGCCCAGACGAGCGCCACAAGCGCAUGGUGGAGCUGAACGUCAUUGAGCAGUGCUUGAAUCUCUUCAAGACCAGUGACAUCCAGCGACGCCGACGCUACACGGCCUCCAGGCCUGAGGAGUUUGGAUGUGCCCUGCCGCGGAUCCACGCCAUGGUCUUCUCCCCCGGCGACGGGAUCCUCCGGAGGCUGAAUGUGGAUUACAAGAAGCACUUGGGGGAUGCGAUUGACGUGUAUCACCUGUACGAUGACGAUCCUUUGCUGGACGAGACCACUCAGGAGGAGGUGAUUUAA